GGCUGGGGUGGGCCUCUGUGCUCCGUAGACCCCCGAAGAUCCCAUUCACACGUUCUCGUUUCACAGUCCGCCUCUCGGCCCACCCCCCUGCAGAAACAUGGCGCCCAAGAAGAUCGAACCGAAAAAACCCGAGCCCAAAAAGCCCGAGCCCAAGGUCUCGCCGGCUUCGAAGAUGGCUUUGUCUUCCGAGCUGCUGUCGGAGCAUCCCAAGGAACCCGACUUCGAUCCCAAGAGCAUCACCCUCGAGUUCACCGCCGAUCAGAUCGAGGAGUUCAAGGAGGCCUUCAACUUGUUCGACCGAACGCCCAAGGGUGAGAUGAAGAUCUCGUAUGCCCAGUGCGGGGAUGUGAUGCGAGCGCUGGGCCAGAACCCCACCAACGCCGAUGUGCUCAAGGUGCUCGGGAAGCCGCGGCCGGAGGAGAUGAGCUCCAAGAUGGUGGACUUUGAGACCUUCCUUCCCAUGCUGCAGCACAUUUCUCGCGCCAAAGACCAAGGCAACUACGAAGACUUCGUAGAGGGCCUGCGAGUCUUCGACAAGGAGGGCAACGGCACCAUCAUGGGCGCCGAGCUGCGCCACGUCCUGGCGACUCUCGGGGAGAGGAUGACGGAGGACGAAGUGGACAGACUCAUGGCCGGACAGGAGGACGCCAACGGGUGCAUCAACUACGCCUCCUUUGUGAAGCACAUUCUCUCGGGUUGAACGCUGAAUCCCAGAGACUUCUACCAAUUCCCGUCAACCGUGGACCGACCGGUAUUUGCGUAACAUUUGUGUCUCACCGGCCGCCCGACCUGCGGCGUCUUCCUUUUGGCAAACGCGUCACGAAUCGCCAGUGAGAUACACUGGCCGUCCGUUUAAUAAAGGCAAUUUUAUCACAA